AGCUGUAUCAGUCUACGUCUACAGUACUCGUAGUAACCCUUGGACACUCUGUUCGCCAUCCUGCUUACCAGGAAGUUGAACUUUGCUUUCAUGUGAGAAAGGAGGAGCCGGAGUGUGUAUUUCCCACUUACCCUUAAGCGCGAGCAACUCAGUUAGUUGCAAGGUGGUUGGUGUGGGUGAGAAAUGUGCUGCUUGGAACUAAACCACAAGGGAACUGGAGCAGUUUGAUGAAGUGCCUUCUCUGGCUUCAGAGCAAAAAGUUUACUAAUAAUAUCACAAAUGAAAGACAAAGAACCCUCAUUUUUGUUUCCUUUUUUAAGCGUCCUUUUUGUGAUUCUUAACUUCUACAAGGAUUACCAUUCUCACCAUCAGAUACUUGACAAGUAUAUGGGAAUGCGCUUUACUGCAGAUGAACUUCAGUUUGGAGAACUAAGCAUUUUCAGGCUCAGCCUUUUUAAAUGUCCCCGCCCCCCCCAGUGAAGAUAACUACCAAAUAGCUCUAUUCUUGUUUAACUUGCAUCAACUGACUGGAUUUUUUUUUUCGGAAGUGAGGUCCGCUACAACAACACAGUGUCACCAUUGUUUUGACACCAACUUUUGUGACACAACCUUAACGACCAUCUAUUAAUGGAGCCCGGAGCAGCAGGAUUUUCGACGGUGAAUGAAUCACCAAACCUGUCGCUACGAUUAGGGACAGCCAUGACCACGGAUGGCGACUCCUUCCUGAGCGUAGCCACCCUACCCUGCAGGCACUUCUUGUCCGCCAAUGUCAUCAAUGUUGUGGAGAAAUGUAUGAGCUCCAUGCAGAUGGGUACCCAGAUGGUGAAGCUUCGUGGCAGCUCCAAGGGACUGGUGCGGUUCUUCUUUCUGGACGAACACAAAUCUUGCAUCCGCUGGAGGCCGUCACGCAAGAAUGAAAAAGCCAAGAUCUCAAUAGAUUCCAUUCGGGAAGUGUGCGAGGGUAAGCAGUCCGAGAUCUUCCAACGUUAUGCCGAGGGCAGCUUUGACCCCAACUGUUGCUUCACCUUGUACUACGGCGAGCACAUGGAGUCCCUUGAUCUCGUGUCUGGCACCGGCGAGGAAGCGCGAACUUGGAUCACAGGCCUCAAAUACCUGAUGGCUGGUAUCAGUGAUGAGGACAGCUUGGCAAAGAGGCAGCGUACACGAGACCAGUGGCUAAAACAGACCUUCACGGAGGCUGAUAAGAAUGGUGACGGAAGCUUAAGCAUCAGUGAGGUCCUCCAGCUCCUGCAUAAACUCAACGUCAACCUACCUCGGCAAAAGGUCAAACAGAUGUUCAAGGAGGCCGACACUGAUGACAACCAAGGAACAUUGGGAUUUGAAGAGUUCUGCUCCUUCUACAAGAUGAUGUCGACUCGCCGAGACCUGUACCUACUCAUGCUCACCUAUAGCAACCACAAAGACCACCUUGAUGCAGAUGACCUGACCCGGUUCUUAGAAAUAGAGCAGAAGAUGACCAAAGUGAGCAAGGACCAUUGUUUGGAGAUUAUCAACAAAUUUGAGCCGUGUUCAGAGAACCAGAAGCAAGCUGUUUUGGGAAUUGAUGGGUUUACUAAUUACAUGCGCAGCCCUGCUGGCGAUAUCUUCAACCCAGAUCAUUACAGUGUUAACCAGGACAUGAGCCAGCCACUGUGCAACUACUUCAUCGCUUCCUCACACAACACAUACCUGAUGGGAGACCAGCUCAUGUCCCAGUCCAGAGUGGACAUGUACGCCUGGGUGCUGCAGGCCGGCUGCCGCUGUGUUGAGGUGGAUUGCUGGGAUGGUCAGGAUGGCGAGCCGAUUGUUCAUCACGGCUACACUCUUACCUCAAAGAUCCUCUUCAAAGACGUUAUUGAAACCAUCAACAAAUAUGCCUUUGUCAAGAAUGAUUUCCCAGUCAUCCUCUCCAUAGAGAACCACUGCAGUGUCCCUCAACAAAAAAAGAUGGCCCAGUACCUCAUUGAUAUUCUAGGGGACAAACUCGAUGUUUCCAACAUCAAAGCGGAAGAGUCUGGAUGGCUACCAUCACCAGAAAACCUUAAGGGAAAGAUCCUUGUUAAAGGUAAGAAGUUGCCUCCAAACAUCGACGAAAAUGCGGAGGAGGGUGAUGUGUCGGAUGAAGACAGUGCAGAUGAAAUGGAGGAUGACUGCAAGCUGAUGAACGGAGAUGUGUCUGCCAACAGGAAGCAAGUAGAGAACAUGGCGAAGAAAAAGCUAGACAACCUGAUGAAGGAGUCCAAGAUUCGAGACAGAGAAGACCCAGACAGUUUCACUAUCGCUGCACUUCCACCUGCUGGGCCUUUGGAUGUAACUGGCUCAAAGGCUAAAGGGCAGGAUGGGUCAGUGACAUCGGAAGAGGCUACCAGCAGCAAUAAGCGCACUGGCCACUCAUUCAUGGGGAGCUUCUCAAAACGCAAGAAAAAAAUAACAAAGCUGAAGAAGACCUCAAGCUUGGAAGACACAGAUACAGACCAAGAAAGCUCCAACAGUGCAUCACGAGCACCCUUACAUCACAACAAAAAGAAGAAAACCAUGAAGUUGUCCAGAGCACUGUCGGACCUGGUCAAAUACACAUGCUCCGUAGGCCUCUAUGAUGUUGAAGCACAAGCCAACUGCAGCUGGCAGGUUUCAUCCCUGAGUGAAACCAAAGCCCAUCAGGUGAUGCAGCAGAAAGCCAGCUCCUUCAACCAUUUUAACCAGCGACAGCUCUCACGCAUCUACCCCUCUUCUUAUCGUGUGGACUCUUCAAAUUUCAACCCCCAGCCCUUCUGGAACGCAGGUUGCCAACUUGUUGCACUCAACUACCAGUCUGAGGGUCGGGUCCUUCAGCUCAACAGAGCCAAGUUCUACAGCAAUGGCAACUGUGGCUUCAUCCUCAAACCCAGCUGCAUGUGUGAAGGUGCCUUCAAUCCCAAUUCGGAAGAUCCACUGCCAGGUCAAAUGAAGAAACAACUGGUGUUGAAGAUUAUCAGUGGACAGCAGCUGCCCAAACCCAAAGACUCUAUGCUGGGGGACAGAGGAGAGAUCAUUGAUCCCUUCGUGGAAGUGGAGAUCAUCGGCCUUCCAGUGGACUGCUCCAAGGAGCAAACUCGAGUAGUGGAUGAUAAUGGCUUCAACCCGAUGUGGGAAGAAACUCUGGUCUUCACCGUCCACAUGCCAGAGCUGACCCUCGUACGUUUCCUCGUGUGGGACCACGACCCCAUUGGACAAGAUUUCAUUGGCCAGCGUACCAUUGCCUUCAACAGCAUGAUGCCAGGUUAUCGCCAUGUGUACUUAGAAGGUAUGGAGGAGGCUUCCAUCUUUGUUCAUGUAGCUGUACAUGACAUCGCUGGUAAGGCCAAAGCAGCCAGCGGCAUAAAAGGCCUGUUUCAAAGAAAUCCAAAGCAGGCCUCCCUCGACAGCCAUGCUGCUGCACAGCACAGCCGUAAGCAGCCGUUUGGCGCCCACCUCCUGCGGCGCACUGCCAGCGCACCGACCAAAGGUCAGCCCAAAGUCAAGAAGGGCCUCCCUGAGAUCACCAUGAACACCAAAGACUGCAACUCGGAGGGCACAAGUGAGGACCGAGAGUCUGAGGGCAAGGCCUCUGCUUCCUCCUCUCACCAGCCAACACCACCACAACUGCGCAACGGCGAUUCACUGGCAUCCGGCCAAAACAAGGGACAAUGGGAACACCCUGACACCAAUGGGACUUUUCACGCUGAGGGUAAAGACUGCUCCACAGUGCAGAGCCCAACGACUCCACUUCCAUUACCUGCACUAAAUUCUGGAGAUGCUAAGAAGACACAUUUCAUCUGCUCUGUCAUCAUUUCGGAGGACGGCUUUUCUCCACAGCAUUCCUCAUCAUUGCUGCGGUCGUCCCCCGCUCCAACGAAUGCCGAAUCCCAUUUGACAGUUCAUUCAAAUGGCUUACCCAGCAGUCCUAUUCCAAUGAAUCUAGAAAACAAAAAACCCCAAACAUUUACUCGGACAGCGUUUCUCCCAGGGACAUCUGCUGAAGGAAAUGUCCAGAUGGAGUGCGCCCAAGGUUCCCAACCAGUCACAAGUACUCGAGCAUCCUUGGAGCACACCAAAAGCCAGAGAGAAACCCUGCGAGCUCCUACGCACGACACAAACGAUGUAGCAGUGGUGAAGUCUGAGCCCAGAUUAGAAAUUUCUGCUGCACCGGUGUAUGCCGAAUCUCCUUCAAGCGUAUCCCAAACAGCCCAGGCUGGCAGAACACACGGCGCACUGCCAUCAUACACACCAAUAAGAAGAACAAAAAGCGAGAGCCAUGUUCGAGCAAGGGCCGACUCGGUUGUCCCCGAAGUAUGCACAGAUGCGACUCUGAACGACCACCUUUGGAGCAAGAUCGAACCCGGUAGCCAUCGAGACAGCAUGUCCUCGUCCUCCAGCGUGUCAUCCAGCGACACGGUCAUUGACUCGUCUCUUACCAACGUGCCCAGGAAGAGUCUUGCCAAAACGAUGGUCCCUUGCGACUCCCACUGCGCCAGCUGCCACCAUUCAGGAAUCCUCUCCUUUGAUAGCCCGCACAUCAACAGAAGCAAGUCAAACCCUAAUCUUCCGCAGAUUGGGUGUUCCACGCCGCCCCAUCGUCCGGUAUCACCUGUUGACCCGACGCACAGACUCGCUCAAAGACGGCAUACCUGGAGCCGGCUCUUCAUGGAAGGACUCAAGCAGUCAUCAGCCAGGACUUCAUCAGCGUCUGCAACUUCAACGCCCGUUUCCCUAUCCAAAAGCCUCGGUGAUCUUACAUCGGAUGAUAUUUCUUGUCACUUCGACAGCAAGUACCGUAGCAUCAGUCGCAGCUUUGUCGUCAGAUCAACUCGGGACCAUCAGCGCAAGGGCAGCCCGGCAAAAGCCCGACAAGACAGCGACCUGACGGAGCAGCUACGGAAGCUGACUGAUGUGGAGCCCCUUACGGCCAGUGACUUUGCCGCUCAAAACAGACCUAGUGAUUAUCAGGAGGAAUCCGUUGACGAGCCCCAAUCAAUUCGGAGGUCAUCUUCCAGGAGCCAAAGCAGGGUGCGUUACAUUGCGAAUCGAGCCAAGAAGGCGCAGGAAAGGCAAAGGCUCCAAAGCUUGAAUCAGGGCAAUCCAAGCUUUGGCUAUUCUGACAACAUCAAUGGAAGUAUCGCUUGCCCCAUUGAGGAGAGGGGGAAUCCUGAAGGGGCCUGUUGCAUUGCAAGGAGUCCCUGUGCCAGCCCAAACAUGCUCAGUCCGGCCACGUCCUUAGGCUCGCCCUCUUCAAGACACUUCCCAGAGCCUGAAAACAGUCAGGUCCUUUUCAAGCUUCGAAACUGGAUCCCUUGAAAUGAACAGGUGUCACACACUCACAGCGAUCUACUUUUUUAAAAGGUUCCUAAAAAGGAUUGUUUUUUUAUUUUUAUUUUAUUUUAUUUUUUAAUUUUAGCUCACAUAAAGGUAGCUCAGACAAAUCUGGAUUCACAAACAUUGUCCUGACAUAUGGAAAUACAUUUCGCUUCUCGAGCAAACGAUUAGAAAGCCCUGUAAGUCUGCACUCAACGAUGGAGUGAACAUUUUUGAUUUUGAUUCCAAUUUUACGGCUCUUUAUGAUGAUGACUUUGAUCUAAUUUUAUGUUUGCGUAUGGAGGUAAUACAUCCAGUAGCAAUAUGUAAAGUCAAGGUCAUCUCUUCUACUCUUUAACCCCAGACAUAUAUAAUCUGAAUUUUAGAAACAUCCUGGUGAGAUUCUUAUCCGCAUUAUUAUUUGUAGCCCACCCGUCAAGCAAUAUUAGAAGAGGGAUGGUAUUGUUGUCAUGUGAAACAUAAUGUGCAGUUUUCCGCUAAACACUGAGCUGUCUUACCUGCUGAGAAAAAUGAACACUGUUCAUACAUUUGCAAUGCAAGAUCCAAGUUUUCAUUUAUGCAAUAGUUUGUGUCGUGCUUUCUUGUAAUGCAACCAAGCUGCCAUUUUUCAGCGAAUGAUUUUGACUUGUAGCAUGUCACAGCACUGAGAGAACGCCUCCUUUUUAGUAGCCCCUUUUAGGUGACUGCAUGCGUUAUAUGCACUGUAUUAUUUAUCCCAUGGCUGGGCUUUUAUUUUACUAUGUUUUUUUUUCUUUUUUAAAUCAAGUUGUUUAAUGUCCCGAACGUUAUGUAGGACACUUUUAUUGGUGUUCCCAAGAGAAUCACAUUGUAAUUUGUCCUCCUGCAUAGUCCAUGCUACUAAAACAAAGCACGUUUAUUUGUUGGCCUGCUGUAUUGUUUGUACUGACAUGCCAGUUCUGUGUGCAAACAUUUUAGGGACGAUAUUUAAUUUAGCAGUGUGUAAUUAAAUGAAUAAAUUCCUAAAAAUAA